AUGAUUUAGUAGGAAAAACUACAAGAAGAUGGUUUAAAAUAAGAAAUAAGUCGAAAUGAUCCUGGUCAUAAAACUUCAAUUAAGAAGCUUACCUCUUUUAAUGAUUAAUCUACUUCAUCAUCUUUCAAAAAUAAGAUAGGAAAACGUUAUUAGUCUAAUAGUUAGUUCAAAAUACAUUUUUAUGUGCUUCAUGCACACAUUAAUGGUAUGAGUGAUAAUGUUAGAUAAAGAAUAAUUAGAACGUUUUUUUAAAAAGAAAUGUAUAAAAUUUAAAUUUAAUUUUAGUAAUAAUUUAAAGCUAGGAGUGAUAGUAGUGAAUCCUAUAGAAGAUAUAAGAGUAGAAACAUAAGUAAAAAGAAGAAAAACAAGAGAUUCGACAAUAAAUAAGUAUGGUGGUUCAAAAGAAAAUCUCCAUCUUCCUCUAGUGAACCAAGAAGAGUUAAAAAGAUUAAGAUAUAAGUUGAACUAGAUAAAGAUGUUUUUGUUUUAAUGUCUAUUAAGAAUUUAAGAAAUAUGGAGAUCUUAAAGGAAUUUAUGUAUUUUCGUUAAAGAGGAAGUAUUGAAGAAAUGUUAAUUAUCAAGUUAUUUACUUUUGUAUUCAUCGUUCUCUUAUUUGCAGGAGGUUUUACGUCUUCCAGUCCAUUUAUAAUUGACUCUUAAUGAUUAAAUGGUUAAUUCUAAUGCCAAGAUUAUUGAUAAACCUAUUGAUAUCCAAAGACCCUUUAUCUAAGAAACUUUAGCUUAUUAGCUGAACAAUUAAAUUGAUGUAGAUGAUGAUGAGAGUAAUCCUAUCAUUUUAUUUUUCAUUAGAUAAGAAAAGAAAAAAUAAAAGAAAAGUUGAGAAAUUUUAGAAAAAAUGA